AUGUAUGCGGAUCGGAAGGUUCGGGACUUAGAGUUUGGGGUGGGCGAGCAAGUGCUUCUGAAGAUCUCACCCAUGAAAGGUGUUAUGCGGUUUGGGAAGAGGGACAAGUUGAGCCCGAGGUACCUUCGCCCAUUUGAGGUUCUCCGUAUAGUUGGAGAUGUUGCUUAUGAGUUGGCAUUGCCACCAGGCCUAUCAAGUGUUCAUCUGAUUUUCCAUGUGUCCAUGCUAAAGAAGUAUCAUUCUGAUGGUUCCUAUAUAGUUCGUUGGGAUUCUGUGUUUCUUAAUGAGAUUCUGUCUUAUGAGGAGGAGCCUAUAGCGAUUCUGGAUAGACAAGUUAGAAAGCUGAGGUCGAAAGAGAUUGAUUCAAUCAAGGUUUGGUGGAAGCAUUGUCCCACUGACGAUGUUACUUGGGAGAUCGAUUCUGAUAUGCUCCAGAGAUAUCCCUAG